AUGCUUCCAACGCCAAACCUUGAUCAUUUAUCUUCGGAAGAUUACGAGAAAGUUUACAAUCCAGCAGCUGUAUCAUUAUUGUUAGAGGAUACCUUUCUAUUCCUCGAUACCCUUGAGGAUGAAGUAAGAUUUAUAAAAGAUGAUAUCAAACCUUGUAUCUGUUUAGAAAUUGGUUCUGGUACAGGUUGCAUAUCAACGUUCCUGGGGCAGAUACUGGGUAAUGGUUCUACGCAUAUAAAUCCGCAUGCCACGGCAACAACUAUAGCGACAGGUCAUAGAAACUCGGUCCUUUUGGAUGCAAUAACAACUGAUUUAACAUCCGGUCUUUUGCCGAGACUCAAUCAUGCCGUCGACGUAAUAUGUUGUAAUCCUCCUUAUGUCGUCACUCCGCAUGAAGAUGUACACUCAAAAAAUAUCCUCGAGAGAUCGUGGGCAGGGGGCAUUAAUGGAAGGGAAGUAAUUGACCAAAUACUACCUUUAGUAAAUAACCUGUUAUCUAAAAAUGGAGUAUUCUACCUUUUGGUUAUCAAUGAAAAUAUGCCAGAUGAAAUAUGUGAAAAAAUGAGGAAAGAACACCAAUUUCAGUCGGAGGUUGUAAAAUUUCGUCUUGCGGGUAGAGAGAAACAAUAUAUCUUGAAGUUCAAGAGAUGUAUUGAUAAUUGA